AACCAUGUUUGACAGUUUGGUUAUAAUUGUAAAUAUUAUUGUGAUAUAUUAGUUUAUACAAUUUUCAAUAAAAAAUACAUAUAUUUAUGUAAAAGAAGACUGUAAAAAGUAUAUUUUUUUAACAUUAAAUAACUAAAAUAUUGUAAACAAAAAUACAAUGGCACGAAUACAAACUUCUGGUUAUGAUGGUUUACCAAAAAAUUUUAUUUCUGCAAUGAAAACUUUAUUUGAUAUUAUGGAUGAUCAAAAUACGGGAUUUAUCAAAUUUUCCGAUAUCGAAGAACGUUGGCAGGAUGAUGGUGCUCAGGGCCUUCCCAAAGGUGUGUUAGAAAGUUUGAAAAAAGUUGCACCAUCAAAUGGAAUGUUAUCAUUUGAGAGAUUUUGUGCAGGUUUAAAAAUAUGUCUUUUACAUCUAAAAGUUGAAAAUGAUGCCAAAAAGCACGAUUCUCAACCUAAUAGGCCACCAUCUGCACCAACACUUGUUGAGACAGACACAAAAUCAACAUGGUCUUCACCAAAUACGGCAACAAUUAGACCUAACAAUGUUAUAUCACAACAACGAACACUCAGUAUGCCUCAAUUAUUACCCGGACAAAAAGAAAGAAAUUCACAAUUUGAAAAUUUAGAUUCACGAAUUUCCCAUGAUCAUCAACAAAAAACAUCAACAAAACCUUAUGGUUUAUCAAAAACAUCACGUCCAAAUCCUAUUCUCGAUGGAAGAACUUUAAAUACUGAUAGAAAUUUUGAUAAAUCGGAAAUUCGUACAGCUCUACAAAAUUGGCAAAUGAAUUUAUUAAUGAGUGAUGAUAAAUUAGAUAAACGUCCAUUGAAUGAUAGAUAUCAUACAGAAUCAAGAUCUUUAUUAAGGCAUGUUUCAAAUUUGGGUGAUGAGAAAAUAGUUGAAUUGCAAAAUAAUGAUAUUGAUAUUAAUGCAAAAAAAGCAUUAAACAGACGUAGAGAACCAAGACGACAUACAUUGCAAAAUGGAAUUGAUUAUAAUAUGAUGAAAAGAAUGAAACAAAUUGAACAAGAAAAAGAUGUUUUACUACAAGGUCUCGCUGCUGUUGAAAAAACAAGAGAAUGGUAUUUAAAACAAAUAUCAGUAACACAGGAAAAAAUUAAACAUCUCGGUCAAAUGGGCUCUCAUGUGGAACAAUGGACGGAAGCUCAACAAGAGCGUUUAGAAUUACAAAGAGCAAGAGUUCUUGAAGUUAAUCGACAUUUAGCAGCAUUGAUAAGUAGUUGGGAACGUGGCGGUCUAUCGUUUCAUAUUUUUUUGAGUAGCAAUGCUCAAAUGAAUCAAAAUAUUGUCUCUAGAUUAAAGCAACAAAAUCAAAAAUUAACUGAGGAAGUAAGUAAAAAAUCUCAACGAAUUGCAAUUUUAGAACAAGAGAAAGAUAGUCUUUUGAGAGAAAUUAGACAAUCAGGAAUUGUUCAAUCUCGAAGAUCAACAAUAAUACAUGAACAACAUAAUCAAACAUUCAUAAUAUGACUACAUUGCAGAAUUCAUUUUGCAGCAAUAAUUGAUGCAGAAAUAAUCUUAGAAAUUCUUAACCAAAAAAAAGUGGGAAAAAUUUGAAAAUUUUAUUCGCAUUUGGAUAAGUAUUAAAAAAAUAAUGUAAAUAAAGUUUAUUAUUGACUUUAUUGUAAGAAAAAUAUUAUAAGCAUAUUUUAUAAUCAUGUUAUUAGAUUAUAUUGCUAACACAAAGGUUUCUAAUUUACACCUUUCUUUAAAACAAAAGGGUAGGAAAAAUGAUACAAAUAUUUUCAUUUUUUAUAAUUAAUUUGCUUAUAAUUCCGUCCAUUUGAUUUUUUACUUUUUUGAAAAUAUAUAUACAAAAUAUUAUGUUA